UCUGAUCGAGUUGGUCAAGUGUCUCCGUUUCUAGUUGCCGUAUCCGAAUUUAGUGUGUUGCUUUUCAGUGAUGUUCUGACAUUCUGUACGCCCACAUAUCGCAACUACCGAGAACUGUUGUCGCGAGCGUGAUGGCCGACACUCCGGUCCCUAAAGCAGCGAGAAGUACGAGUCCGCCCAGACGGUGGGCUGCAGACGCCGUGGCCUUCGUCCUGAAGCAUUCCAGAGCUGGCAUUGUGCCUCUCUGCACCAACGUUGCAGCGUUACUGGAACAGCUGGAUCGGCUCGCUCAAGAAAACCAAAACCUAGGUCGUGAAUUACAGGCCUGCAAGUCCAUGUUUGCGCUGCCCGCAGGUGAUGAAACUGUGACAACAAACACGCAUUCCCCGCAGCAUGACGCCAAACCGGCGUGUGCCACAGAGCAUGCUGCAUCAGCCAGCAGUUCUGAACCAGUGAAUGUAGGUGAUGCAGAAUAUUCUAGCAGUGGUAUUGCAGCCUCACUUGUCGACAAAAUGAAGAAAGGGACCAUCGACACACUGAAGGUUCUACGGCAAUUGCAUCAGUUUGGGAACCCUUGGGUGCCUUUAGACAGCUGCCUUUGCGAAGCAUGCAAAUCCUUUGAAGGAACCAAAGCAUCACCAAAGGCUCUUACCUUCAACCUUCUUGACAAAGGCCACACGGCAAUCAUUCGGAGAAAGCUGUUGGGAAAGAUUUGUUAUGUUGGCCACCUCGACACCAGCGCACCACACUGGAUUUGGCUUGGUCUUGAUCUGCCUUACCCUGUGGGAUACUGCGAUGGAAGACUUGGUGGAAAGGCAUACUUCGAGUGCAAGCCAGGUCAUGGAGCAUUCUUCAAUGUUUCAAGUGUGACAGCAAUAGUAACCUAAUGUAGCUUACAGCCAGGAUGGAAAAACACGAGCAAAUCAUGAGAGGUGACAUGAAGCACACAAUGUGUGGUGCGAGGUAAUAUCACACUUUUAUUGCUGCAUAGUUUCACUCUGAUGAGAAAUGCUUUGUACAUCUUUUGUACAGAUUGUUUUAUUUACACAUUUCAUACUGUUAGAAAUCAUAAGUAUUUAAGUCAGUGUGCUCAUGCUCUCCCUCCUAUACAGGGAAUGAAUACUAAAGUUCAGGGCCCUGAGAAUCCUUGUUAUGUACUCCGUUCAUGCACGUAGUGUGCAGUGUUGUCUUGAAUAAAUAGCUUUCUUUUUCAUGGGAAA